AUGGCUGCAAGUGAUGAUACCUACGAAAAUGAAAAUAUAUUGAAAUUGAAAUUAGAAAUUGCACGAUAUCAAUUAGCCAUCGAAACAGAAAAAAGAAAAGGUGAAGAAGAAAAAAGAAAAAUUGAAAAAGAAAAAAGAAUACAAAAGAAAUUCGACGUUAUUAUUGAAGAAGAAAGACGAAAAGCUGAAGAAGAAAAACGAAAAGCUGAAGAAGAAAAAAGAAAAGCUGAAGAAGAAAGAAGAAAAGCUGAAGAAGAAAAACGAAAAGCUGAAGAAGAAAGAAGAAAAGCUGAAGAAGAAAAACGAAAAGCUGAAGAAGAAAAACGAAAAGCUGAAGAAGAAAAACAAAAAGCUGAAGAAGAAAAACGAAACGCUGAAGAAGAAAAACGAAAAGCUGAAGAAGAAAAAAGAAAACAAAAGGAAUUAAAUAGAGAAAUUGAACUAAUAAAAACAAAACGAAUGAAAAUAACACAGGAACUAUCUUCAUCAUCAAUGAUUAAUAUUUUAACGAUAUUGUCAGACCAUGGUUCUUUUUAUAAUUUAUUUGUACGUGAUCAUCUUCAGUCAUUUGAUAUUAACAAUGUAUUAAAUGAUAAUAAUUAUUUAAAUGAGAAUACAAUAGAACUUAUUCGAAUAUAUAUCAAUAAUGUUUCAUCAAUGUCAAAUGCAAACGAACAGCAAAUUAAAUCAACAUUUCAAGAUUUAAUAUUGAAUUUAUUAAAUGCAUUAAAUGAUUGUACAUUGUUGAAAUAUUUAGAUAUACAAGCAUUACAUCGUGUUAUUGGCAAAUUUUGUCCUGAUUGCUGUUUUCUAUUUAAAAAUGUUAAUAUCGACACUGAUCGAGAACAUAAAUGUUUACAAGAUUUUAUUGUUUGUGUUGGUGAAUUUAAGAAAUCUGAUGUUUCGUCAGAAGCAUCAAUUGGACAAAUAUUACACUAUUUACAUUUACUAUCAGUUAUACAAAAUCGUAAAAAAAUUUAUGGUUUUUUAACUAACGGCAAACAAAUAAGUUUUUUUUAUAUUGAAAAAAAACAUGAAUGGAAAGAAUCAUACAAUUUUUAUAAAAGUCAAGAUUUCGAUAUGUUUAAUGAAUAUUCUAAAGAAUCAUUAUCUGGUGAUAUGAUGAUAACAAAUGAAGAAUGGAAAAAUAAAUAUUUAAAUGAAGUUACUUGGAAAAUAUUUAUAAACUUUUUAACAAUGAAUAACAAAUUCUAUGAAUAUACAACAUUAAACAUAAAUCCUAGUGAUAAUUUAUUUCAGAAUAAAUAUAAUAUAAGAAAAAAAUUGGGAAAUGGUUUAACUUCAAUGGUUUAUUUGUUGGUAAAAAAUGAUAAUAAUUCUUUAAAUGAUGAUAUAGAUCAAUGUGUAAUGAAAAUAUCUAAAAGUAGUUUAUAUAGUGAAUAUUUUGUGGAACUCACGUAUGUUUUCGAAGAAAAUAGUGAGUGUAAGUUUUAA